GAGAGGAGUCAGGUAACCGUGCGGCUCACACCGACCUCGUUCCUCCUCACACACGGACUAUAAAGACGCUGCAAGACCGAGGACAUUAUUACUUUUCGCACUCAGGCUGUGGCUGUUCACCUUAGGCUAACUUCGGAGGACUUUAAAGAAAGUUUGAACCUCUGACGUCGCCUCGUCCCGCUGUUUUCAAUGUGACGAUCGCGUGGCUGCGCAGCGGAGCGAAGAAAGCCGAGCCUUCUCAGGUGUUUUGACUCGUGUUUUUGCUCUUCCUUUUGGAGCGGGAAGCAGGAUAAUUAUCCCCUUUACUUUUUAACGAUUGGCGUUUUUUUAUUAUUACUAUUUUUAAACUUGGUGUAUUUUUUUCCACGACGCAAAGCUUUCAACAGGUGCCAGGAUGGAUGAGGCCGAGAAAUACAAACAGCGACUGGAGGCCAUUGCUGAGAAGCGCCGGCUACAGGAAGAGCAGGACAAAGUCAGAAGAGAAAAGGAGGAUGAGCGGCUUACACAACAACAGCUCAAGAGGAAGUCUUUAAGAGAUCAGUGGCUGAUGGAAGGAAAUCCUUUGUCUCCCUUGUCACCAAACACCCAGAACACCUUUUCCUCUCUGUGGGGAACACAGGAGCAGGAUAUGGAAAAGCAUGCUGACAGGUUGCAGUCGGAGGAUCAGCAGGUGACUGCACAGAAAGACCACGAAAUGGAGGCAUUAAAAGAGGCGGAAACCAAAGCAGAAAACAUCUUCAAUGUUUCGGAGAAUGGAGAUUCUACAGCAUUAAGACACGAACCAGCUGGUGAUGAAGUCAAAGUGAACCAAAAUACACCACAAGGUGAAACCGCAGUCAUUUUGACCAACGGCGAAGACGUCUCAGGACAGAGUGAGACGGGCACAAUAGAACCAGCCGGAACCACCAAGGAUGCCAGUAAUGCUGAGAUGGAGUCAGAGAUGAGCGCAACUGCCACUGCUCUCUGUCAGGUUCCAAAGGCUGACACGAAUGAGGAAGAAGACGGGACUCUGGUGAUGAGAGCAGAGUGUGUGUACAUCACAGAUGAAGGGGAUGAUGUGUCUGGGGACCUUUCUUCCCUGAAGGACCAGCAGGAGUUCACGCAGAAUCCAGAGGGAGUCCAGGAGAUUGUAGAGGUUGUGGAGCAGGUAGCAGAGACGGAAGGAGGUCCAGAAACAGGAGGAGGUCCAGAAGCAGGAGGAGCUCCAGAAACUUCACCUGUGACUGAGAAUGGGGAAGCAGCUGUGCUCACUGUCAAAGACCAGCUAACACCUGAAGACAGAGGAGACAUAAAAGGCGAUACAGAACCAAGCGGCCAGCCAGAUGAAGAGACAGAAGUUGAAGGCCGUGAUGAAAAACGGGAAGAGUCAGACUGCCCACAGCCACCCACAGCUCUGGACUCUGGUGCCGUUUCUUUGGUGCCCGUCUAUGCCGAAGCGUCUCCCUCUGCUCUCAUUUCGGAGACGGAGGCUGAGGCCAAAGCUGAAACACCAGCGGCGCCCGAGGUGACUGGAGAAGCAGUAAAAGUGGAGGAACCUGCCUGUAUUCUCGGCCAGUUCCAGGAGGUGCUUCUGACUGAUUCCCAGGACAACCAGAACACGGAGGCAGAGCCUGGAGAGCAGGAGGCCCUUCUGCAGAAAAUCUCAUCCCCCAACCUGAACGUUGAACUCGCAGGACCGAACAGCCUUCCCUGUUCAGAGACACAGAGCCCAAGCAAAGCGACCCAGGGAGAGAAAUCUGAGACGCUCAAACAACAAACCUGCCAGUGCUGCUCUGUCAUGUAAUCGUUCCUCCGGUCACCUUGGUUUUAUGCAUCCAUUCCAUUAUUGCUGCAUUUUUUUUUUUCCACUACUCGAACCUGAAACAGCUUGAUAUUACGGAUUUUUAGCCUCAUUAGCUCAUUACCCGGAACAACCUUAGUAAAUUCUCUUUGUACAAACAAAACUAAAACAUGGAGGACUUUGUUGAGUUUGAGAGAACCUUUAUUGUUUUAGACAUAAACUAGUUAGACUACGAGCACCUCCACAAUUUAGUUGCAGUCAAGUAAACACAAAAUGCUAUUUGCAGGAAUAAAUAUUUGAACAUAUCUGG